AUGGAACGACAAAAUAGAUACCAUACUGCACAACCAGCAGAUUCGUAUAGUGCUUCGCCAUAUUUUAUCGAUUUGAAUGCUGAAAACCAAGUUCAACAUGUAACAAACCAGCCUAUUGAUGAUUCUAACUUUCGACCGAUUUUCAUUGAUUUGGCCGCUGCACGCAAAAAUGAGCGUUCAAAUCAAAUGGGGAAUGACGGAUAUCUACUCAACUUCAACGAUAAACAACAUUUUACCCCACCGAAUAACAAUUCUUCCGAUGUCACGAUAAGAAACAAAGAAAAUCGAAACCAAUCAAAUAAUAACUAUCGCGGAUCAUCAGUAACCCAUUCAUCGACGUACGACUGCUGUUGUUGUUAUUGUUGCUGUUUUGAUCAACAUAAUAACAAUGUACCGGAUUCUGAUAACAAUGGCUGCUGCUCCUGUUGUGAAUGUGACAAUUGUUGUGAUUGUGGUGACUGUGAUUGUGAUGGGUGUGACUGUGGUGGGUGUGACUGUGGUGGGUGUGACUGUACUGAUUGUAUCUGCUGUUGUUAG